AUGAUGGCGGACGGCGCCGAGGCGCUGCGCACCAUGGAGACGCACGCCAUUCGAGAGGCGCAGCGGGCGACAUACACGAGCAAUUUGGGAUCGAUGGCGCUUGUGACUGCGUCUCUUCUAUGGCUGACGCUUCCGCCGCUUUGGAGUGUCGUGAAUGGCGAGUGGAGUUCAAGUAUUGGGCGCUGUCUAUUGGCUCUUACCGGUCACGGUCUGUUUGUGCUGUCGAUGUUGGUGGUGCUACGAGUAGCACAAGUGCAAGGAGAGGAGCUACUGAUCCAGUUUAAUGCCAAGUACUUGGCCAGAGUCACCAAACCAAAAGCUGUUGCUCCUGCAUCGCUGGAUCGCACAGCACAGCUGGAGGAAGUGACGAAACUAAAUGUAGUGCGAGGACUGCUGUCUAACAAAACUGAUUCGUUCGAUGGUGUAAGGCGAGAGCAAGAACAGCGGUCGUUGUUUGAUCCUGCUCCUGUUAGAACAGUCGAAGACGGCAAGGCGUACCUUCGUCGCAUUCAAAAAGCGCGGAAGCACAAGGAAGCUGAAGAAUCGAUGCAGCCAGCUUAUGGAAUUGAAAACUCGUACCAGAGUGAUGCUUAUGGCAUCUAUGGUAACGCGUCCAUGGUGCCUCGCGUGUAUCAGGCGUCAGGCUUCGAUCCAUACCUUCGUGACGUCAGCAUCGGAAACGAUGACGAAGACCCGCUGCGCACAUCGUCGCUUCCGCAUAUUGCGUGGCAGCAGCUGGAAGAAUGGGGACUUGCUACGUUCAUGCAUCUGUACUGCCGCAACAUUCGCCGCUUGCUUGCGUAUCACGUAAAGGAUGUUGUCGAGGCAUUUCUGGAAAAUGCAAGCGCCCUCAAUGAGUGCGGUGUGAUGGCGGACGUUCUUUUGCGUCGCGUACCGUCACAGGCUCUGUUGUGCCCACCAGGUCAAACGAAUCAAAUGACGAAUGUAUCGCUAUCUGACAUGCUGCAUAACCUCGCAAAAAGCCCCCUGUUUUUCAGCAAGGAACGAGGCGUGUUUUUGUUCGAGGAGCACCAAAGUUUUGAGAAAUACCUGAAUGUAGGUAACCCCAGCAGCACGGACUACUCGUCGUUAGAACGUCAACAGUAUGUCCUUGAGCGACUGAUCAUGCUAUCGAAGGACCGCAGCCUUGAUCGAUUUCGUUGGAACAAGGGCGCCGCUUGGAAGGGCAAAGAGUGGACGGAGAACUUACCGACGGACGCCGAGAUUUUGAUGAACACUUUUUGCUGCUUGAUGGACAACAUGUUGCCAGCAGAUAACGAGCGGGACCGACCGUUUUGGAAGUCGUACUACUUUAGCAAGGGCCCCAGCCGUCCGUUCACACCACGAGUACGCAGCCGCCUUUUCCUCGUCCAGACAGUGGGGCGCCCACCUCAUUUCAAGGCGCUGGUGAAGGGUGCUGUUCGUGAAAUCGUCCCGGGUGAAGAAAAUUGCUUCCAUGCUAUAGUCGUGUAUUUACAUGCCGUCAAAAAGAUGAAGGCGGGCUACCUGGAAAGCAUUAAUUUGCACCGUAUCAUUGAGCAAGUCUUCGACGUUUCCAAGUAA